AGAGUAGCCCUUUCCCUAGGAAACUGAUCAGCUCUGACGGCUGCUGUCCAGUGGCACGACACUGCCACAGAGUGGACACUGGUGGUACUGAGGCCCAGCCCCCAAAACACCUCCUCUCUCUCCCCCUGGUGCCAGACCUCGCAGCGUCUCUCCAAAGCCCCCACUGGCUAAAUAGUGGGAAACUGAAUAAAAUGGAGUGGGGGCACAUUUACAAAUCACAGUCACAUCCUCCUAGCUUCUUGAAGAAACUGGAGCCUAAGGAGAAAGGCUAGCAUGAAACCUUCCCUCAUGAGUUCAAGGUGGAGGGGCCUUGGCCCACCCAUAUAGUCCAUGAGGAAGUAUGGUAAGGAGGGCUGGGAUUGGCACUAAGGUUGCUGUGCUCUGCUUUGCUCUUAAAAGUCCUUAAACUACCCAUUUCCCACCCCCAUUAACAGAGGCCUGGCACCACUUCUAGGAUACCCCACAUUUAGGCAACCCUCACAGUCCCCUGCAAGAGAACCAGCAGCUGGGUACAGGCACUCCCAAGUCCCAUGCCCUCUGCCAGCCUUGACGGACUCUGCCCUGCUAGAUGAUUGCAUCACCCCCACCCCCACCUCUGGGUUUCCCCAGACAUCACAGUAACAUGCCAACACCUAUGCCCCUGCCCUCUUCCACGUUGUGCUUCAGUCCAACUGGACUCUGGGCAGCCAGCACAGGCAGGGGCAGGAGGUGACUUCUGUGUCCCGUGGCACUGCCACCUUGGCCUGGGCAAGAGGACUCCGUUCCUCCCGCCCCCACCCCCCAACCUCUCACCCCUGUCCCAGCCCCAUUUCUAGAAAUAAAGAAACCAGAGUUCUUCUUGCCCAGACCCUAGAGAAAUCACCACUGGAACUUACAGCUGUCUCAUGAAAACUGCUGCAGCAGUGGCUCUGGGGCAAGUUAAAAGGCUGGAGGGAUGGGGGAAGUUGCCCUUCCCCACCUUGCUAUAUGGAAUCCCCUCCCCCGAGUCCCAGACCUCGGGGACUGAGCAUGUGAAAUCAUCCUCUUUCUUGCAUCAUGCGUGUCCACAUUGCGCCCCCACCCCCAUACCCCUACCUUACGCUCAGUGACCAGGGCCAGAUGGUGAAACCGGAGCUCCAGGGGGGAACGUCCACCCCCUGUAGGGGCUUGAUGGGCAGCACAGCUGGCCAAUCUGGGGCUCAGAGGGUAGGUCUGCUAGCUGACCACGAGGUGAGGGAGCCCCAGGCUGCAGGCUCUAAAGAGGCCCGUCGGUAACCAGACAUGAGCUGUGAGGGUCAAAUUGGCAGAUUGUGCUAAACACAGCUACCCAUCGGACCUUCCUGAGUCCCCGGCAAUAGAAGACAGGUGGCUCUACCAUUGGCUAAGGGUAGGUGUGGCACUGGUGUCUGCUGCUGCUGUGCCCUCAUUGGCCUCCACAAAAUCACUCAAUAGAAGGAGCAACUGCCAUCUAAGGCUCUCGCCCAGACCCAGGGCCAUUCACCAGGAACAUGGAGCUACCUGAUGUCCAGGUCCGGCUGGUGCUGCUGUGGGCACUGGUGUGGGUGCAUGGGGCAAGGUCUGUGUGUCCCUCCUGUGGGGGCCCCACACUGGCGCCUCAAGCAGAACGAGCUCUGGUCCUGGAGCUAGCCAAGCAGCAAAUCCUGGAGAGGCUACACCUGACCAGUCGUCCCAGAAUAACUAAUCCUCCACCCCAGGCAGCACUGACCAGAGCUCUCCGGAGACUACAGCAGGAAAGUGUGGCUCCAGCUAAUGGGGAAGAGGUCAUCAGCUUUGCUACCACCACAGACUCCUCCACUUCACCCUGCAGCUCCAUGCUCAUCUUCCACCUGUCCACUCUCCAGUCCCACCACCUGCACCACGCGCGCCUAUGGCUGCACGUGCUCCCCACCCUUCCUGGUACUCUGUACUUGAGGAUCUUCCGAUGGGGCCCACGGAGGAAGCACCGAGGGUCCCGCGCCCUCUUGGCUGAGCACCAUAUGACAACUCCUGGCUGGCACGCCCUGACUCUGCCCUCUAGUGGCUUGAGGGGUGAUGAGUCUCGUGUCCUGAAACUCCAGUUGGACUGCAGACCCCUAGAAGGCAACAGCACGACUGCUGGACAACCUCGGAGACUCCUGGACACAGCUGGAGACCAGCGGCCCUUCCUGGAGCUUAAGAUCCAGCCCAAUGAGCCUGGAACAGGCCGGGCCAGGAGGAGGACCCUGACCUGUGAGCCUGAGACCCCCUUAUGUUGUAGGCGAGACUAUUAUGUAGACUUCCAGGAACUGGGAUGGCAGGACUGGAUCCUGCAGCCUGAAGGGUACCAGCUGAAUUACUGCAGUGGACAGUGCCCUCCCCACCUGGCUGGCAGCCCCGGCAUUGCUGCCUCCUUCCAUUCUGCUGUCUUCAGCCUCCUCAAAGCCAACAACCCUUGGCCCCUGGGUACCUCCUGCUGUGUCCCUACUGCCCGAAGGCCUCUCUCUCUCCUCUACCUGGACCGAAAUGGCAAUGUGGUCAAGACAGAUGUACCAGAUAUGGUGGUGGAGGCCUGUGGCUGCAGCUAGCAAGACGACCUGGGGGUUUGCAGUACAGAGAUCAAGAUGGGGGUUCCCAGGCGAAAGGCAUCUGUGGCUGGAGGCAUCAGAUUCCUGAUCUGCAACCCCGCACCCCGUGGGCCACCUGGCAGUAUGACUGGCUUGACCCCUAUGGGACCCAAAUGGGCACUUUCUUGUCCAGACUGUGGUCUAUUCCAGGCUGGUUAAUGUGUGGGGAGAUGGGGAAAGUGUGUCCUCUGAAGGAAUCUACCCAGAAAGCAUGAUUUCCUACUCUAAGUCCUAUGAGAAAAGGGCAGAGGUGAGGGAGGGAGGGGGAGAGGGAAGGAGGGAAGGAGAAGGCUGAGAAAAAUGACUUAGUCUCUCCCAAGAAGAGAAAGUCUUCGAGUGAGGGAAGGAUGAAGCAGACUGAGGGCCCAGCAGGUUUGGGACAGGGGUAACAGGCUGGCCAAGGGCGGAACUAUUGAGGUGCUUUAAGGGAAGGUCAGGAGGGAAAUGGGCAAGGGGCUUAGGGAAGGUGUUUAGGAGAGCCCCAGAAAUGAGAGUCAGGAGAGAGGGGUGCUGAGCCUGAGAAAUUUCUUGGUUUUUCCCAGCAGGGGGUAGGGCCCACUGGGGAGACAAACUUUUAUACUUUCCUAAUAAAAAUGUGGAAAUAAUCAGUAAGUGUGAAUCACAAAGGUGGGCUGGGAUGAUAGUCUAGAGCAAUGGUUCUCAAGGUGUGAUCUGGGGACCCCUGGGUGGUCCCUAGAUCUUUUCAGGGGUGUCCACAAGGUCAAAACUAUUUUCAUAAUAAUACUUAGAUGUU